CUCACGGGUGUGGACGUGGUGUCCGAUCAGAGGUGUAGACAACAUAAGAUUCACAGAUAAUCCACCGUUUCCUCUCACGAACGACUACAUGGAAAUCUCAACGGAUGGAUUAAGUGUUUUUCUGCGUGUGUAAUAAACGCCUCGCUUUUGUACAGCGUCUGAGGAAGUAGAGACAAUGCAGGUCAUUCGUCUUACGCCUGAUUACUGUCAAAAUGGGACAGUGAUCAGAUUGCUUUGCCCAACAUCCAGUGCUACAUGCAUGAUGGACUCAGGAAAAGCCAUCAACUGGACUUUCAACCCUGAAAAUAAUUCCACUCUAGCUGGGCCAGCUCUUGCUACAGACAAAUGGAGCAAGUCCAAUUUCUGGAUAGGUCUGACCUUAGCCGUGCUCUCAGCUUUUCUGAUUGGAGGAAGUGUGAUCCUGAAAAAGAAAGCACUGCUACGUUUGGCAACAACUGGUCACACUAGGGCAGGAGAAGGAGGCCAUGGGUACCUGAAGGACUGGCUGUGGUGGGGUGGACUUUUGACCAUGGGAGGAGGGGAGGGAGCAAACUUCGCAGCAUACAUGUUUGCUCCAGCCACUGUGGUCACCCCUCUGGGAGCCCUUAGUGUUCUCUUCAGUGCAGUGCUGUCCUCCCACCUCUUUGGGGAGACAAUGAACCUGUUGGGGAAGUUAGGCUGUAUGCUCAGUCUUCUGGGAAGCACCAUAAUGGUCAUACAUGCACCAGAGGAGGAAGCAGUGACAACUCUGAGAGAAAUGGCAGAUAAAUUGCUUGACCCAGGUUUCCUUGUGUUUGCCAGCAUCCUUCUUGCGGCGUGUUUGGUUCUUAUCUUCUACUUCUCUCCUCGCAUUGGCCAAACCAACAUAUUAGUCUACAUAAGUAUCUGCUCAUUGCUUGGAGCUUUCACUGUGUCUUCUGUGAAGGGCCUGGGCAUCGCCAUCCGUAGUGCCUUCUCCGAUCCUUCCGUUUUCCGCCACCCCCUCACCUGGGUCCUUCUGCUGGCCUUAGUGUGCUCCAUUGUCAUCCAAAUCAACUACCUGAACAAGUCACUGGAUACCUUCAACACCUUGCUGGUUUAUCCUAUCUACUAUGUCUUCUUCACCACUGUGGUCCUGACUACCUCCAUCAUUCUGUUCAAAGAGUGGGGAUCUAUGUCAGGCGUGGAUGUUGUGGGCACUGUUGGGGGCUUCUUUGUCAUUGUGCUGGGAGUAAGCAUGUUACAUCUUUUCAAGGACCUUCAUGUGUCUCUGGAGGACCUUAGGAAUAACUUGUGCCAGCCUCAGGGGCAGCACAGCCUAGCCAAGCGGGAGGACAAGCAUAUCCUCAUCGAAAAUGUAGACAGCCUUCCACCAAUGAGGGAGGAAGGCCCAAGAGUCUUCAUUAUCAGCUGAGCGGCACAUCAUGUACACUGUACAUCGGUAGUGCAGAUUGGAUUAUUUAAAUACUUCAUGUUGUGCUUUUGUUAGGGGUGUAAAGACUGUACAUGACGAAGCUUUUGUUGCUUCUGAGGAUCAGCUGUGAUUAGACAAAGCUUCUGAGCUUAAUAUUUGCAUUUUAUAGUGCAGUCCAUUUUAAAUUUACAUGAUUUAAAGGCAUGAGUUUUUAAGCCUUAAUUAAAGUGUUUUUACUAUUUUGCUUUUACUCAAAACUUUUUUUUUUUUUUUGUCGCUGUGUGCAAUAAUGUCAAGAUAUUUCAAGACAGUGGGUGUGUUUACAUGCACUUAAUCAAAUAACUGCAGAAAAUCACAUUUUAUCAGUAAUUAGUUCAAUGCGUUUACAUGCAUGUUGUCAGACUCAUGGUCUAUGGGAAACACAUGGUCUACAUGAGUCAGGCAGUAAUCAGGUUUCGGCUUUACAACCAGCCAAUAAACUUAUAGAGAAAGACUUGACAUAAAUGAAAU